GUUCAUGAGAUUAGAUUAGAUGCAAUAAGCUGCUUUGAGUUGAAAAUAGAAUCGAUAAGACGUGGAGCCGACCUGGCCAGUGACAAUGUGGUCAAGGGAAGAGGCAGCCUCUGUUGAUGAUGUCUACCAACACUUUCUGUUGGAAUUUUAACAGUUGAUGCUUACAAGGGUGCAACAGCAGAGGGGGUCCUUGCUGCGCAGAAGAAUAGAAUGAGCAGACGAGGAAGGAGACGAAGCAGCAGGCGGAAGAGCUCAAGCAGCAGCAAACAGAGCACCAAGAGAAACUGUGUCCUUAAAAAGGAUAAGGACAACUUCAAUAUAUCAGGGGCAAACCUUUCUCAAGUCAAUGUUUUGUCAGUAUCAGGUGAAGAGGAGAAACAGGCUGGCAUUCCAAGCACUGAGAAGAGAAUCAAACUAGAUCAUCACUUCUGUGAAAACCUUGGGAAACAGAUCAGAACACCAGAAGAGCACAGGCUGAGGAUUGUAACAUCUGUGGCUAUUGAUAACCUCAAAGACUCAUCCCCCAAAAUAAUAUUUCAGCAAACACAAGAGCCAGUCUUUGAAGAUGCACAAUGUUCAACGUUUGCAAUAACCAACGUCAUUAAAUUCAAUUGCAUCGGCUCAAGCAUAGAGAAUCACAACAUUGGUGGAGACAGUCAAAAUACAAAACAAAACAACAUAAAUUACAACUUCAGCUUUGGCAAUGUUCUUACUCAGAAAGAGGCAGCAUUUGUUAUUCCAGCUAGAUGUGAAAAUCACACCUGUUGCAAGAAUUCCUAUUGUAACUCCAACACUGCAUUAGCAAGUCCGUCUCCAAGCCCACUACCCACCUCGUAUUUCUCCCAUCAAGGGACAACCAUGUCACAUCACACAGACUUGAGUAGUGACCAUUCCAGGGAUAUAGUCCCAACGAAUGAGUUUUCGGACAUAAUCCAAGGUAACUCCCUAGAGGAGCUGACCGAAGACAUGGCUGCUUUUAAUAUCGAUAUGGAUGGUUCUUCUUGUAAACAGCCAAGUCAUUUCAACAGCACAGAAGAAAUGGAAAUGUAUGACCAACUAUCUGGUGGCCUGGAAUACCUGGAUGAAGCGGAAGACCCUCACAUGGUGUCAAACUUUUUUGAUCAGUUCUCAGAAACUGACAACUUUGAACCGUCGUUUAUGAGACCUUCCUUAUCGAUAAGCAGGUCAAGCUUUACCAUGGAUUUCGUGAACAAACAUGAUCAGAACGCCUGCUUCCGAAACAACAGCGUAGCAACCUUUCAACACAGAACCUGUCCGAUGAAACGAGAGCGACGGCAGACCUAUCCGGGGACGUUGGAUUCGUUGUUUACGAUGCAAGAGGACCUUCUGCCUUUUAGGGAAUUCUUUUCCUCAGGGAAGAUCUCCUCUUUAACGAUGCAAUCGUUCACGCUGCAAGCUGAAAAACUGGCUACGUUUUGUCAGGGAGAUGGGGGGUUAUCUCUCUUUGGAACAGAUGUACGACAAAAUUCUAUAUAUGAUGGUUGUGCAAAGUACCAGAAGGACGGGCAAAACGAUGUCAAACAAUUUGACACUGAAACGUUGGAGACAACAUCUAAGGUGGCCUUUGGGAACGUUGAAAGUCAGCAACCAGCGAAUGAACCCAGUCAGACCCAUGGUGGCGUGGAGUGUCCUCCCGAUUCAAGAGCUCUAAUAAAAAUAGAUCCUGGAGAAUCAGUGGAACAGAGUGCUGCGGCAGAGAGUGGCCUGGAGGAAGAGAUGCGUCAACUAGGGUGUCCCCGUGCAGGACCCGUUGCUUGUAAACACCCUCUCACAUCUUUGAUCAUACAGGUGAUCCCCCCGUCUCCCUGUACGUCCGAUAGCACACGGGAAGAGGGUCCACGCCAUUGUGUCCGAAACAUAGACUCAAGAAGCAGAGUCAAGCGAAAGCAAGCGACCCAGGACGGGGCCGUGUCUGAGCAGCCUGACUCUGCCUCGGCCGUUACAGUUGAAUGUGACAAAGGAACCCUGCAUAUGAAUCCACCAUCUGAAACACAGGGGAAGGACAACCUAGACCUAACUCCCAAAGAAACAGUAGUUCCACCUGUAUCAGAGAGCGCUGACCUCAGUAAAGUUCGACCAAAUCUAAGAAUAUCCCUGUUCGCUAGGCCUGCUCCAUCACACUAUAUCGAUGAAACAAUAGAACCUUGUUCAGACUGCCAGCGAGUAGACAAUAAGGAUACAGAAUCUUCUGCAAACACCAAACAAGAUUCAAAGAUGGAUCCAGAAACAGAGGAAUGGAGAAUGCAGGUCUGCAAAACUGAAAAACACAAUCUUGCAAAAGCCUCUUUGGAGGCAAAGUCGCAUCGGAAACCCCCGAGCCAUAAAGACUCUGACCGCAGCGGCUCUGACCACUGGGCCAAUAGAAGGAAGCUCUUCAAGGAGAGCAGGCAGUGGAGCGGCUCCAUGACUAGUGAAAUCACAGAGGAUUCAGUAUCUGAAGACACACACUCCAUUGACAUGAUCCGAGACAUCGAGGAGAGAGGUUUCUACACAGCGACGUUUCACUACCUUGCCUGGACUUACCGUGGAGAUGAUGACCCUUCAGGCACUAGUUCUACUAUAAAUCCCAGACCUCGGCCCGUCUCAAUUCGUGAGAGGACUGUGAAGAUCAGUAAGGGAAGCGGAGAGUAUCCAUGGGGCUUUCGAAUCCAGUUUUCCAAACCAAUUGUGGUCACUGAAGUGGACACAAACGGGGCAGCGGAGGAGGCAGGCCUGACGGUCGGAGACUAUCUACAGGCCGUUAAUGGAACGGAUGUUACCAGUAUUCCCCACUCUGAGGCAGCUGAGCUGGCCAGGCAAGGCCCUGACAUUUUGACCCUGACCAUCGGGUCGGACAUCGCCCGCACCCCUAACACGCCCAGACCAGCGUGCCGUGGCUAUCUCCAUAAACGCACCCAGUCUGGAUUCAUUAAGGGCUGGAGGAAGAGGUGGUUCGUUCUCACGCACGACUGCGGCCUGCACUACUUCAGACACAAGCGGGAUGAGGGGAAGAGAGUUGCAUUGGCAACAGUGAAGCUGGAAGGGGCAGAAGUGGGAGCAGAUGUUUCCCUGGGGAAACCGUUCGUGAUCAGACUCUGCCCACAGCCUGCCAACCGAGUGUACUUCCUAUGUGCCACCUCAAACCAGGAGAUGAAAAGGUGGCUUGAAGCAAUGGUGAAUGCCACUCAACCAGUUACACAGAACCACGUGUGGGUGGAUGUGACGAGACACAACUCCAACUUACCCCCGCUAGCGGUCAAGAAACCCGAAUGUCUGGGGUUGCUUUACGAAAUAGAUAAAAACAAGGACAUGUCGAGGCAGCUCUACUGCAUUCUCAAAGAUGGCUGUCUCUACUUCUACAGUAGCAUCCGCUCAACCCACGCGCUCGGUGGCAUGUAUCUCCAUGGUUACGGUGUCAAGGAGCAGCCCAUGGGCUCAAAGAAGAUGACGAUCGAGUUGAAGCCUCCUUCGGAUGAGUUUAAGACAUUCUAUCUCUGCGCUGAAAACCCGAAUGAAAAUAAACGAUGGAUUGAAGCGCUGAAAGUAUCAAUAAACAAGUGGCAACCAUUGCAUUGGGAAAUGCGGGGCUACCCGAAACCAGCGGCGGAAGAGACCAAAAUGUGAGGAGACUCAGAAGGCUUGUUGCAUUCCUUAUCGUCAGACUUUAGAAGGAAUGUGGAAUGUUGCUUUAUUCUGUUACCAAAUAGGUGUUAUGCCUAGAUUUGUUUUAAUUUAUUAUUAUUUAUUAAUAAGACUAUCUGACGGAUGUUUUGAUACUUUUUAUCAUUCUUAAUUAAUGGGUAAGAUGAUAGUAAAAGAAGUAAAUUAACUUGUAGGAUAAUGCUCAAGCUAGAGGUAUUAUGUUUGCUUUGAAUUAGGAUUUCAAACAUUUACUAUGUGCAUUUUUCACUGCAGCUUUUAACAUUUUGAAGUUUAAACAUGUUUCCAAACCCUUUUGUACUGUAAAUCUGCACAACAUUCAAUGUUAUGAUGUAUUUGUUUAGCUCAUUGUUCAGCAUUACACUUCUAAUUUACUAACAGAAAGGAUAAUAAUAUAUAUGUAAUGCCCCUUUGUACAUUGUCAUUUGCAGUAUUUUUUAUAUAAUUCACAAUUGUUGAGAAAUAUCACCAUCAGUUUGCCUUUGUGCUAUGUUUGAUACUUGUAAUGCUGCAAAAAAAGUUUUUCUGUUUUAACACAUUUCAACCUAAGAAAAGUCAUUGGCAGGCUGUGGUGAAUCAGGGUAUAACAACAACAAAAACAACAACAACAUCAAAGAUAAGUCAAUUAGGUGAUUGAAUUGGUAGAUGUCAAGAUACAUGCCUGUAUUUGGUGAAUAAAUGAGGUGAUUGUCAAUA